GUCAUGGGGCGUACGUUACGGGGAAGAUGCACGAGGGUUUACAUGGGGAUAAAAAAAGUCGAUUCUUAAUGACGAAAUUAUUAUCUAAAGCUUGUUCGUGAAAUAGAGACUAUGCGUGGGAAGAGUAAAUCAAGAACAUUUUUUGUUAAUCGCAGGAGGGAGAGCGGGGAGAGGAUGACGAUGAUGGUACCGGUGCAGCGGACGGGCAACACGGAUCUGCCACCGGACGACGGCUACACAUGGCGCAAGUACGGCCAGAAGGAUAUCCUUGGCUCCAGAUAUCCAAGGAGCUACUACAGGUGCACCCACAAGAACUACUACGGUUGCGAGGCCAAGAAGAAGGUGCAGCGCCUGGACGACGACCCGUUCAUGUACGAGGUCACCUACUGCGGCAACCACACCUGCCUCACCUCCACGACUCCGCUCCUCACCCUCCCAGCCCCCACCGCCACUGCCGUCUCGACCGCCGCCGCCAGCAUGCUAACCAACUCCCCGACCGGCUCAUCGGCAGCGAUUCUCGCUGGCCAGGACCUCGUCAUGGCGCCCGCCGCUGAGCAUCCGACGCCGGCGCUGUCGACGGCCAUCCAGCUCGGCAUCAGCUGGAUGCCGUCGACACGCAUUGGCCCCGGUGCCGGCGAGGGGAGCAGCAGGGCGCAGAUGGACUUGCCGGCCGCCUCAGGGACUAGGGACACGGAGUUCCUGGUGAUGGACCUCGCCGACGCCAUGUUCAACUCCGGCAGCAGCGGAGGGAGCAGCAUGGACGGCAUCUUCCCUGCUCAUCAUCACGAUCAACGUGAUAGCUAGAUGCAUAUAUGGAUCGCUAUAUAUGCAUCCGAGGACCCAUAUCUCCUCUGGGAUUAAUCUUGAUUCGAGUUUUGAUCUAGUGAAGUAUUGAACCAUGAUCAUUGAUGACCGUUAACCAUAGCCAUGGCACGCGUAUAUAGGUUCGAGUUUAUUCUUCGAUCUUUAGCCACUCAAAUUAUUAGGUUAAUUCGCGGUUAAGCCGUGCUAAUAAAGGUGCAUACAUCCCCUCUUAAUAAAAAACGUGCUCAGGCACGGUGACGAAAAAAAAUAAAGGUGCCUACAGGUUUAUAUUGAAGUAUAGAAAGACUGAGAUGAGUGUAUAGGACAUAAUCGAGUCGGUCCCUCUUGUACAUCAAACCAGCAUUUGUAUUUGUGUAACUCUUUGUUUCAAAUUUCGCUGUAGCCAGAGAUUAAUUUGUGAAAUGGAGAUUCAUGUGUCUGUCUCCCAUCUUUAA